CGAGUACGACUAUACCUGGCCAUUAUUAUCGAUCUAUCUAUCUAUCUAUGCUUUGAAUUCGAGGGAAAGGAAUGUCUGGAAUCUUCAGAUGGAAGAAGGUCGCAAGGGAAACGGCGACGAGAACUGUCCGAUUUUCAGCGCUAUCGGAGACUCAGUCGAACUACAGCUUCUCCCACAAAUCAUCGCCCAUCUCGACUCGAUUCAACUACCUCCACGUCGUCUCCUACCGUCGCAGGGAGUCUCUGAUGGGGUUCCAGGAGCGCUACAAAUGGGAGGGCAGCUCCGAUGACUUCCAGACUCGCAGGAUUCGAGCUGAGCCCAAUUGCCCACGCUGCUCCAAGAAGAUGGAUCUGCUCUUCUCAAAUCGCCAUCCCGCCACCGCCUCCUCUUCCAUAGCCCCUGGCGACAGGGGAGCCUACCAGGCCGUCAAUCUCUGCCGCAAUUGCAAGGCCGCAUACUACUUCCGCCCCUACAAGAUGGCUCCCCUGCAGGGCAGCUUCAUUGAGAUUGGCAGGGUCAGAGGAGGAGUACCAAAGGAUUCCGACAGGAAACCCGGCGAGAGUGGCAGAAAGGGAGACGGAAGCGCCCCAAGUGAUGGUGGUGCCGGUUCCGGUGCCGGCGAGGAGGAGUUUGGGAACCGGCUUCGGGUGUCGUACUGGGAGACGUUGAGGUCAUACAGUGGUGACCCACCUGAGAAUUGGCCACCUCCACCAACACCACCUGGGGAUAACGGGAAUGAGCUUGCGGUGCACACGCCUCCAGGCCCGCCUUUUGCUCCUGGCGUCAAUGUCAUACGGGCUGCCGGUCCAGGUGGCGGCGGUGGCAGUGGUGGCGGGUCAUUUGGGGAGAAGAGUGGAUGGGGUGGAUCCAAUUUGGGAAAGGAUUUGCCCACGCCCAAGGACAUCUGCAAGGGCCUCGAUAAGUUUGUUAUUGGUCAAGAACGAGCCAAAAAGGUGCUCUCAGUAGCUGUGUAUAAUCAUUACAAGAGGAUAUACCAUGCCUCUUUGCAGAAAGGGUCUGGAGGGGAAUCAGAGAACCCUGAAACUGAAAAUGAUGAUGAUUCAGUGGAACUAGAGAAAAGCAAUGUCCUCUUGAUGGGCCCAACGGGCUCAGGAAAGACAUUACUUGCAAAAACACUGGCUCGUUUCGUGAAUGUGCCCUUUGUUAUUGCUGAUGCGACAACAUUGACUCAGGCAGGUUAUGUUGGAGAGGAUGUGGAGUCAAUAUUGUAUAAGUUACUCACGGUUGCUGAGUUCAAUGUGCAAGCUGCUCAACAGGGAAUGGUCUACAUUGAUGAAGUUGAUAAGAUAACAAAGAAGGCUGAGAGCUUAAACAUUAGCAGAGAUGUAUCUGGUGAGGGUGUUCAGCAAGCAUUACUAAAAAUGCUUGAAGGAACCAUAGUGAAUGUUCCUGAGAAAGGAGCUCGGAAGCAUCCGCGUGGUGAUAACAUUCAGAUAGAUACAAAAGAUAUCCUUUUUAUAUGUGGUGGAGCCUUUGUUGAUUUAGAAAAGACAAUUUCAGAAAGACGACAAGAUUCUUCAAUUGGCUUUGGUGCACCAGUUCGUGCUAACAUGAGAACUGGUGGGCUAACUAAUGCUGCAGUGACAUCAUCCUUGCUGGAAACGGCUGAAAGUGGUGAUUUAAUUGCAUAUGGGCUAAUACCAGAAUUUAUUGGACGCUUUCCAAUUCUAGUUAGCUUGUCAGCACUUACGGAGGACCAACUUGUUCAGGUCCUGACGGAGCCCAAAAAUGCUCUUGGUAAACAGUACAAGAAAAUGUUUAGUAUGAACAAUGUCAAGCUACAUUUUACAGAGAAUGCCCUGAGACUGAUUGCAAAUAAAGCCAUGGCAAAGAACACUGGUGCAAGGGGUUUGAGGGCCAUAUUGGAAAACAUUCUAACUGAAGCCAUGUAUGAGAUACCAGAUGAAAAAUCAGGAAACGAAAGAGUGGAUGCAGUUGUGGUUGAUGAAGAGGCAGUUGGGACAGUGGAUGCCCCAGGACUUGGAGCAAAGAUUCUUCGGGGAGAUGGAGCACUGGAACGAUACCUUUCCGAAACCAAGUCAAAGGAACCUGUGGUGAGGAGUGAGGUGUUGGAAAGAGAGCAAGAGGUCACAUCAAGAGCCAUGAGCAUGUAGCUAUUGUUGGCAUGUGUAAAAUCUCCACUUUAUAUCUAUAUCUCAUUGGAAAUUUGGUGUAAUCAUCUCUUGUAAAACACAGCAAGGCUUCUUCUGUUCAAUUGAAAAGGAGAAAAGAAAGAGAGAAAAAAAAGGGGGAAGGAAAAAUGUAACAUGCUCAUUUAUAAACUGCAGCUUGUAUAAAACAUUUUUCUCAUUCAGGAAAAUGGGGUUUCUAAUCUUACCUCA